UAUACAUUCAGUUAUAGUACUGACAGUGUAAAAGCAGUCAGAUAUCUAGAUUAACUCUAGGAGGAAUAUAUUCAUAUGCUUAAAUUACAUUUUGGAAGGACCUUUCCCCCCAGAUGACAUCACAAAGAAGAUCUGGUGUAAUGGCUCUGGCGUCUCCGCGCGGGGUUCUGUCUGACGAGGAAGGGUGUGGAGCUGUGUUUGAGUCCACAGCUGCUGAUAUUGGGGGUCUCAUGAUAUCUCAGCGGUUUGUGUCUCCACUGCCUGAGAUCUCAGUCAUAACCCCUGCUGCAGACUCGAUCACUCCUAUUAAAGAGUCAGUGCAGAUUAAGAGUGAUGUGAGCAGAAGAGGCAGCGCUGAUGAUGGAGCAGAGAAGCUGAAGGUUUUCCUACGGAUCCGUCCUCUUACAGAGGCAGAGAAGGAGCGGGGAGAGGAGCAGAAGAAAGUCAUACACAUCUGGGAUGAUAUAAGGGGCUGUGUGAAUGUGCAGUCUGAAGACAGUCUUCUCCUAAGAGCACCCAAGGACUCCCACAAUAUGAAGAGUGUAGAGCGAGGGGUUGCUCAAAGCUUGCACAGGUUUACCUUCACUAAGAUUUUUGGACCACAAACUUCUCAGCAGGAGGUGUAUGAUCACACCAUACGUGAGAUGGUGCGAGAUGUUCUGCAAGGAGAGAAUCGGCUCCUCUAUACCUAUGGUGUGACCAACUCGGGCAAAACCUACACCAUACAGGGGACAGGUGGAGAGGCAGGUCUGCUGCCACGGGCUUUAGUGUCUGUAUUCCUCAAGCUGUCUGGGCGUCUGUAUUCUGCCAUGGAUCUCAAGCCUGUUCUUACCCAGGAGGUCAGGAAGCUGGACCGUGGUGAGGUCCGUGCUGAGGAAGUGCGUCGUGAAGCUCUGCUGAAAGAGGAGGAGAUCUCAUGUGGACAUCAGUCUAGGCUGCGUGCAGGCCUGUCCUGGGACAGCGGCAUCAGUGGACUCUCAGUGACCAUUCACAUAGCAACACAACUGGAGGAUUCAGAUGGUGUUUGUCUGGAGGCGAAUGGCCUGUCCCUCAGUGGUGGUGGUGAAGAUCUGGCAGAGGGGGUGCAGUUCUCAGUGUGGGUCUCUUUUUAUGAGAUCUACAACGAAUUUCUUUACGAUCUCUUGGAUGCUCCACCUUCACUUCAGUACCGCAAGAGAGCCACUCUACGACUUAGCGAUGACAAACACGGAAACCCUUAUGUGAAGGAUCUGACCUGGAUUCAGGUACGAAGUGCAGAAGAGGCCUGGAAAGUGCUUAAAGUUGGACGACGCAACCAAAGUUUUGCCAGCACUCACUUAAACCACAACUCCAGCCGCAGUCACAGUAUCUUUACUGUCCGCGUUCUACAUGUCCAGCCACAAGCAGAGCUGGGACAGGCAACUCGAAUCAGCGAGCUCACAGUGUGUGAUUUGGCGGGGUCUGAGCGCUGUAAAGACCAGCAGAAUGGAGAGAGAAUGAAAGAGGCAAACAACAUCAACACAUCUCUGCUUACACUGGGGCGCUGCAUCACUGCUCUGAGACACAACCAAACCAAUAAGUCUCGGCCUCAACUGGUUGUUCCAUUCAGAGAUAGCAAGUUAACAAGGGUUCUUCAGAGCUUUUUCUGUGGUCAUGGGCGCUCUUGCAUGGUGGUCAACAUCAACCCCUGUGCCUCCACUUAUGAUGAGACACUUCAAGCACUCAAGUUCUCUGCCAUUGCGACACGGUUGGUACAUGGCCCAUGCAGUAAGACACGUGUGGCAUACAUCCUGUCUCUGCUUCGUGAACAGCCCACUUACACCAACAACACUACUCUACUAGAGGAAGAGGAGGAGAGUGAUGAGGAAGGAGACAUUACCAUGUUUGAUCCUGAGGCGCUCCUGAAAGCCAUCGAUGUUCUGAAGCGUGAGGUCCUGCGACAGCGGCAGGAGAAAGAGGAACUAGAGGCCAAGGUUCGAGAAGAGGUCUGCAUGGAGAUGAUGGAGGUCAUCAGUCACAUGCAGGAAGACUUCAGUGAGACACUGGAGAGUGAGAGGGAUCUGAUGGAGAAGAGAUGUGAGAACAAAAUCAACAACCUGAAAAGCAGCCUGAAGAAAUACUACAGCCAUGAGUUGGAGGAGAGAGAUGAGGAGGUCAGAGAGCUUACUGCAGCUCUUAAGGAAAUGGAAGAGGGAAAUAUAGCCCUGGCUUCCAUGUUCCCACCUCUGAGCGAUGCCAAUGGUCCACGGCGCUCGCGCCGUUUGGCUUCAAAUUCAACACACAAGCGGGACACUGAACACGGAAGCAUGGAGCUUAUGCAGUGUAAAGCAGAGCUUGAACAGUGUAAGGCUGAGCUGGACCUGAAACAAACAGAACUGCACCUGAAAACGCUUGAACUGAAGCGUCUCCAGGAGAACAUGCCUCUUAGAGGUGCCACGGGUACUCUGACAACCACAACUGAGCGCAAACUAGAGGAGGGCCAGAGGAACCUGAAGCAGCUGCGAAUGGAGCUACAGAUGUUAGGCAUGAAGCUGCAGUCUGGAGAGAGGGCAUGCUGCCGUAACACGGACAAGGAGAAACUUCGUCAUGCACUUUCAUUAGCAGACAGCAAACUCGCAAAACAGAAUAAAAUGCUGGUGGAGCUGCACACCAGCCUGCAGCUAGUCAAAGCAGACCUCCGCAGGAAAGAUGAGAUGCUAGCAAAGCUGCAGAGCACUCAGCCACCCAAGCCCCCCAUAACACCCGGAUCCUGCAAGAAAAGAGGCUGCGGUGCAGCGGUAGCUUACGUGGAGAACCAGCCUCCAGAAAAACGGCCCUUCUUCCGCUCCCUGUUCCCCUCACGCACGGUGUCCAAAACACCCGGCCGGCAGACUCGACAGCGGCCCGAGGCCACAACGCCCUACACCUAAGUGUUACGCUCACAGCAGCAUUCCCCUCAGUCCUCUCCCAUCCAGCUAUGGGUCAAAUAUUAAGAGCCUGAGGACCUGUACACCAAGUUCAAACCUAAGCUUUUAUAUCUUCUCUAAAUGUACAUAUUACUCUUUCAUAUUCUAAGCUUUCAUAUUAUAAUAAGAUGGCCUGAUUCUACUAUUUUUUUUUUAAUUGUCUUUUCUGUCAAGACUGGUUUCAAAAUUAUUAUUUUGAAAUGUGUGGUUAACGGGAGCUGCUUUUUUAUUUAUUUUUUGAGAACAAGAGUUGUUCUGGAAGAAUUUAGUGUUACUCUGCACAUUACCAAAUAAACAUGCUUAAUGCAAGUGGACAAAUGAAUAGAUUAAAGCUCUACGUUCUUGCAUUGGCUGCUGUUUUGCACAAGUUUGGGAAGGUUGCAUGGCUGGAGGUGUGUGUGUUUUUUACAGUUUGUCAUUUUUUAAUGUCUGCAUGUUUCUGUUUCACGGUUUAUAUGAUCAGAACUAGAUUUGUGAGCUUUGCAAUAAAACAACCAAUAC